AGUACCAACAUAUUCAGAACUCUUUUUAAUCUCCUUUUGGAGAUAUCCUCUCAAGAAGCAGCUUUAAAGAUAUAUCUUUUAAUGUUUUUAUCUGACACCAAGGCUUCUCCGUUGCCUCACUUCCCCAGAGCACUCCCGUGUUUCCCGGACCCCUUUGUGGUGGUGCAGCCCGGCGCUGGCGGUGGUUUGUCUGUCGGCGGGAAAAGCGGCAGCGAAGCCGAGUAUGGCCGCUUGACGGGUGAGCGGAUGCCGAAAAGCCGCGGGGACAGCGAGGGGCUGCCGCUGGGCGGAUAUUGUUUGAUGUAAAAAAAGCAUCUGAGAUAAGCAAUAAUGAGAAAACAAAAAGAUGCUUCAACUUCAAAAAGAUCUAAUUUGCAGGGUUCUAAGGCUGCAAGAGCUAAAAAAGGUGGACAAAAUCAAACAAAACACAGACAGACUCCUGUUAAUAAAAAUAAAGACAAAUCAUCCAGUCAAAAGCAUCCAUAUUUUUCCCCAAACCUAUCCAGCAUUUUAAAAAAUUCAGAAAGCCAGUAUGAUGAUUUACAAAAUGAAUAUUAUGAUCACCCAUUGCACAGCACAGCAGUGUUUUCUGGUGAUUUAGAACUGAAUGAUGAAGGAAACGAAAAAAGGGAUGAAGAUCUUGCAUGGAGUAAUAUGCAUAAGGAACCUACAUGGCACUCUGCACCUCAGGGUGGAAAAAUCAGGAAGGAAAAACGUCUUGAAGUUCCUGCGCACAUAUCUGAAGGUGUGGAACCAGAAGAAAGUGGAAAAGAUACAGAAGUUAACAACUGUGAAGCAUCAAGUGAGAGUACAUUGAAACCUGUUAAAAAGUCACAGCCUGAGAAGGUGACGGUGAAAAAAAGAUCACAGGCCAGAAAAUUCUCCAAUUUGUCUAAGGAUCCUCUAUCGUGGACAAGUGCAAGAAAAAGUUCUAGUGAUCGGAACUCUAGAUUUAAGCAGAGGACUCUUUCUGCUGGUGCUACAAAGAGGCCGUUGGCUGAUACUCGCGCAUCUACUGCAAUGCAAAAAAAACUAAGGAAGCAAGCAGGUACAUUAACAGAUCCUAGAAGGGACUCUGUUCUUACAGAACUUCCCAUGGACACUUUAGUGAGAAAUGAUGAUAAAACCUCAGGACAGAGCAAAGAGAAUACCUUAGGCAGGACGUCAAUUGGAUCUGAUGCUUCACCUAAUUCGUCUGCACUGAGACCUGCCACUCCAGAAGACAGACCUUUAUCUCUGAAAAUCUGGUGCCCUGAAGGUGUUAAGAGGUUAUCAAAAGAUGUCACUGAACUGGAUGUGGUUCUCAAUGAUUUUGAGCAGAUUGUUACAGAAUUUAAGCAGUCUGUGGAACCCUUUACUUCCAGAAAAGUAGUUAAUAGAUUUUUUAUUAACUUAAAGGAGCAAGUCACUGAAACUAUAAAUCAAGUACAAGAUUUGAAAAGCUUGCAAAGAAAAAAUGCAAAGGUGACAUCAAGCUUCAGCAAGACGAGGAAGCACUUUCUUAUUGUUCAGAAGGAAUUAAAUGAGCAGGAGGUAGAACUUAAACGAUUACGGAAGGAGCGUGCAGAAUUGAGCGAGAAGAAAACAGAUUUGCAGCAUGCCACACAAUUCUUGUCCGGGUUUAAACAAUUGAAGACACGGUACAUUGAACAUAGGAAUAAAAACCCCAGUGAAACUGAAACGUAUGAUAUUUCCAGCUUUCCUGCACUGCUGGUAGAAGCACGAGGAAUUCUGGGAGCUGAGAAACAACUUCACCUAAUAAAUACAAAGAUACAACAGUCACUGGACAAGAAGUAAAGCCCAGUUUUACCAAAGAGCAUCGGAGCUGUUGAUUUAAAAAAAACAAGUAAUGUUAACUGACCUCUUUUAUACCUUUUGAAUUGAUUGAAGACACUUUCCUACCUCACCACUGACAACCCUUGUAAAAUGCUACACGGUGAGGUGAACCAAGUUCUUGAUGGGCACAAUGUAGACCUUCUAACCAAGAAAAAGUAGGCAGUGGUUUGCAUAAUUAAUAACUACAUGAAUUUGCAGUAGGUGUAUGCUGUUUCUCUCAAUUCUGAGGGUUGAUCUUGCUGUUUCAAGGUAAUGAACUUAUGUCAAAUUUACUAAUUGGCCAAAAAAUAAUGUACAUUUUGUGAUGCUUUUGUAUAUAAACAUCUCUAUUAAGAGAAAAACUUGUGAGCAAAGUGUAUAAACAUCAAUAGACUCAGAUUUUAAGCAGAUAUGUAUUUAAUAAAAUAAUUGUACAUAAAAUGGCAGCAUUUAUUUC